GUGGGGCUUUAGCUAUUCACGUCAUAACAAUUCGACCCCACCAAAUACAACAACAGAAUGGUCAAUUGAGUGCGUACUGAGUCACUCACUCAUAGAUUUGUCUAUUUUAUUUGCGAUUAUCAGUUGCCCCGCCUUACUUUUUCCAGCUUGCAGAGAGAAGAAUAUAAAACUGAAUCGCCAAAUAUUUGAUCCAAUAUUUGGCCAUUGAGUUUGCGCAACCAAUUCAUUGUGUGGGUGUUUGUUCUUCAGCUUUGCCGCCUUCAUCAAAAUGUCGUCUAUUCUGCACUUGCGGUCAGAGACCAAGCCAUUGGAGCACCGGUCCGCCCUGACACCCACUACCACCAAAGCCUUGAUUGAGGCCGGCUACACGGUCAAUGUAGAGCGCAGCCCCGUCCGCAUCUUCGACGACGCCGAGUUCGAGGCUGUUGGCGCAACCCUCGUCCCCGAGGGCAGCUGGGAGCAGAUCCCCAAGGACCACAUUGUCAUUGGACUCAAGGAGUUGGAGGAGAAGGACUUCCCGUUGAAGCACACACACAUCCAGUUCGCUCACUGUUACAAGAACCAGGGAGGCUGGGACAAGGUCCUCCGGAGGUAUCACGAUGGCGAGGGAAUGCUCCUUGACAUUGAGUUCCUCGAGAAGGACGGCCGCCGUGUUGCUGCAUUUGGCUACUGGGCCGGCUUUGCUGGUGCCGCGCUGGCGCUUCAGAACUGGGCCUGGCAGCUGACCCACAGCGGCGAGCCCCUGCCGAGCGUUGAGAGCCGUCCUAACGAGGCUGCCUUGGUCGGCGAUAUCAAGGAGGCUCUUGCUGGUGGCAAGGAGAAGGUUGGCAGGCUGCCCCGCGUCAUCGUCAUCGGUGCCCUGGGUCGCUGCGGUCGUGGUGCCGUCGACAUGUGCAAGAAGGCUGGCAUUCCUGAUGAGAACAUCCUCAAGUGGGAUAUGGAGGAGACUGCCCCCGGUGGACCCUUCAAGGAGAUCGUUGAGAGUGACAUAUUUGUCAACUGCAUCUACCUGAACAAGCAGAUCCCGCCGUUUGUGACCAUGGAGUCGCUCAACACGCCAGAGCGCAAGCUCUCCGUCAUCAACGACUGCUCAGCUGACACUACCAACCCUUUCAACCCUGUCCCCGUUUACACUGUAGCCACCACUUUCGACAAGCCCACUGUGCCCGUCGAGGGCUUGAGCCAGGGCCCUCCUCUUAGCGUUAUCAGCAUCGACCACUUGCCGAGUCUGCUCCCGCGGGAGGCUUCAGAGUCGUUCAGCAACGACUUGUUGCCAUACCUUUUGAAGCUGAAGGACUGGAAGAAUGACCCGGUGUGGGCUGGCGCCGAGAAGCUGUUCCACGAGAAGGUCAAGACCCUGCCGUAGAGUUAGGACAGGGGUUCUAUGUUCAUUAGAGUACUGCCGGUAACUUGGAUAGCAGUCUUUAGAAAAGUUCUAAAAAAGGUGGUUCAACAAGAGGAACAUCAUUCAAGAAUUCUGCAUGCAUUCUGCA